UUCCUGUCUCUGAAGUAUCACCUUGUGAAUCAGAGGACCAUCAUGGGAAACCACACAAGACUGACAGCGCUCAUCCUGGCAGGUUUGACUGACGACCCAGAGUGGAAAGGCGCCCUCUUCGCCUUCCUUCUUCUCACCUGUCUGCUAAGCGUCACGGGCAACCUGACCAUCAUCAUCCUCACGCUGGUGGACACUCAUCUGAAGACGCCCAUGUAUUUUUUCCUUCGGAACUUUGCUUUCUUAGAAAUUUCCUACACUACGACGUGCAUCCCCAAACUGCUCGCUGUGAUGGCCACCGGGGACAAGGCCAUUUCCUAUAACAGCUGUGUCACCCAGGUGUUCUUCGCCUUCCUGCUGGGAGCGUCGGAGUUCUACCUGCUGGCGGCCAUGUCCUGCGACCGCUACGUGGCCAUCUGCAAGCCGCUGCGCUACACCACCCUCAUGAGCAGCCAAGUCUGCACGGCGCUUGUCCUCGGCUGCUGGGUCGCUGGCUUCCUCGUCAUCUUCCCACCGCUGCUCCUAGGACUGGAUCUUGACUUCUGCGGCUCCAACGUGGUUGACCAUUUCUACUGCGACACCACUCCCCUCCUGCAGCUCUCCUGCACAGACACGCGGACCCUGGAGAGGAUGGGGUUCGCCUCGGCUCUGGUGACUCUCUUGGUCACGCUGGCCGUGGUGGUGGUGUCAUACGUUUGUAUCGCCCAGACAAUUCUAAAAAUCCCUUCAACCAGUCAGCGGAAGAAGGCAUUUUCCACGUGCUCCUCGCACGUGAUUGUCCUAUCCCUGUCCUGUGGCAGUUGCAUCUUCAUGUAUGUCAAACCAUCCAUGAAACAGCGGGUCUCUGUUGCAAAGGGGAUUUCAGUGCUCAAUACCUCAGUCGCUCCACUUUUGAACCCUUUCAUCUACACGUUACGCAAUCAGCAGGUGAAAAUUGCCUUCAUUAAUGUGAUGCAUAGGGUUGUCUCCCUGGCAAGAAAAUGA